ACCCGCCACUUUCACUCUCUUUUCUUUCAAGCGAGACCCACUUUCAUUUCCUGGCCCUCCUCUGCAAAACCCAUCUCCAUUUUGUUAAGGUUUCUCUCUCUAUCUCUACACUAAAGCUCUCAUCCUCAUUCCCUGCAAAACCCAUUUCCAUAUUGUUAAGGUUUCUCUCUGUAAACGUAAAACCUCUUCUCCUUAUUGUCUGCAAAACGAAUAUCCAUCUUCUUAACAUCUCUCUCUCUAACUCUCCAAAGCUCAUCAUGGAAUGGAUUCCUUUGUUGUCCUGCCACCCUGUGUAAGAAUUCUUUCUUUUUGAUCAGAAACAAAAUCAUAUCAUCUCUCACAUUUCAUUGAACAUGUUUGCAACCUCAGCUAAGAUGCGGAACCAAUCAAUGCUCUUGGAGUCCUCCUGUGGAUCCCUGCUUCAAGAAUUGAAGCUAAUAUGGGAUGAAGUGGGGCAAGACCAGUUGGAGAGAGACAAAGUCCUUCUUGAAUUGGAACAGGAAUGCCUGGAUGUUUACAAGAGGAAAGUGGACAAUGCCAACAUAUCCAGAGCGCGCCUGCACCAAAUGCUCGCGGAUUCACAAGCCCAAUUCACCCAUCUUCUUGUCUCUCUAGGAGAAAGAUCUUUCUCAUGGAGGCCAGAGAAGAUAUGUGGGACACUUAAAGAGCAGCUCAAUUCAAUCACUCCUGCCCUUCGCGAACUCCAAAAGCUCAAGGAAGAGAGAGUUAAGCAAUUUCAAGACAUCCAACUCCAAAUACAGAAGAUCUCAGCUGAAAUUGCAGGGGACCCUGCAUCUAAAGUUUCAUCACAAGAUCUCUCUCUUGAUGAGACUGAUCUCUCUCUCAAGAAGCUAGAGGAGUACCAAUCUGAGCUUCAGCAGCUUCGCAAAGAAAAGAGCGAUAGACUUGAGAAAGUUGAAGAGUACAUUCGAUGUGUGUGCGAACUCUCUGCUACCUUGGGAAUAGACUCAUCAAAGAUCAUUUUGGAGGUCCAUCCAAGCUUGGAUGGCUCUUCGAGAGAGCAAUCAAAGAACAUAAGUGAUACCAUUUUGGCCUGUCUCAGCAGCACUGUGGAUUCACUCAAAAAGGAGAAGGAGAACCGCUUGGAAAAGCUUCACAAACUGGGAAAGGCACUAACAAACUUAUGGGACCUGAUGGACACACCCCCCCAAGAUCGGAGAUUAUUUGCUCAUGUCACUAACUACGUAUCAGUCUCUGCUGAAGAAAUAUCGAAUCCUGGAAGUCUUGCUCUUGAUAUUAUUAACCAGGUUGAGACUGAAGUGAAGAGAUUGGACCAGCUAAAAGCAAGUAAAAUGAAAGAGCUUUUCCUUAAGAAACAGAACGAGCUCGAUGAUAUUUGCAGGAGAACUCACAUGGAGAUACCCUCUCAAUCAGAAAUUGAUAAUUUAAUGAACCUAAUAAACUCUGGUGCAAUCGAUCAUGCUGAUCUCCUUGCAAGUAUGGAUGAACAGAUAGCUAAAGCUAGAGAAGAGGCAUUAAGUAGAAAUGAUAUAAUGGAGAAGGUGGAAAAGUGGAUGAGUUCCUCCAAAGAAGAACGUUGGUUGGAAGAAUAUAAUAGAGAUGAGAACAGGUACUCGGUCAGCAGAGGAGCCCAUAAGAAUUUGAAGCGUGCGGAGCGUGCUAGGAUCAUGGUUAACAAAAUUCCUGCUCUGGUUGAUCUGCUGAUAGCGAAGACUAAACAGUGGGAGCAUGAAAGGAAGAAAGUAUUUUUGUAUGAUGAUAUGUUUGUGCAGGUACCCUUGCUGGCCAUGCUAGAUGAGUACAAUUUGUCAAGACAAGAAAAGGAAGAGGAGAAACAGAGGCAAAGGGAAAAGAAGAGACUACAAGCUCAGGCAGUUGCAGCAGUCGAACAAGAGAAUAUGUUCAGCACAAGGCCAAGCACAAGUGCUCGACGCCUCUCAAACAGAAGCAUAAAUGGGAGUUUUGGGGCUGCCACACCACUAAACAGGCGGCUAUCCAUGGGAAUUCAACAGUUGGGCUCAAAUGGCAUCACCUCUGCAACUCAAGGCAUCUCCUUCAUCAAGGAAGUUAAGAAGACCAACAGGCCAAAGAAGCUCUUAAACUCACUUUACAUCUCUCAUAUCAGAGAUGAUGGUUGUACUCAGGUCUCUCCAACAAGCUCAGCCCCAUUGUCUCCUUCCUUUGGAGAACAUUAGAUGGCCCGGAAGCCUCCCAUUGAGAAUUCAGUUCCCUUUCUAGGAGCACAAGUUAGUGGUAAGUUUCUCAUGAAAUAUGUGAAAGAAGGUUAUUUACUUGGCAGUUUGCUAUGCCAGAGUUUGUAAUUUUUGUAUUAUAAUAAAGCCAGUGUGGCUUUGUUCUC